UUCACAAAAAACAAUAAAUAUGUUGAAAAGUAAGAAAUUGAUUUGGUUUGCAGUGAUAUUUUGUAAUUAUCAGUUAAUUACUGGACUGCAUAUACCACCAGAUGUUGAAAUACUUGAAGGCUAUGAGUUUGACGAUUCACCUGAAUAUUACGCCACUGAUGCUAAUUAUUAUGAAGCGCGCAGUAUGCUAACCGGGUUACGUAAAGCGAUUCGGAAUAAGCGUUCCAUAUUAGAAUAUAAUAAUCCAAAGAUUUUCGGAAAUGAUGCUAAAAAUUCCGCCUUAAAUACUGAUGAUACUGCUCAAAAUGUUGGUAGUGAUAAGAUUGAAAUACGUACACCACCUCAAGAGGCUAUGAAUACUGAAGCAUCAGAAUUGUUACCAAAAGCUGAAAGGCAAGUAAUGGAUCCAGACUAUGAUUACUAUGCUCAAAGACGUAUAUCCACAUGGGAUGAUACAAGUAGUAAUCAUGGACAUAAUAUUCGUAACGACGACGAUACAUUAGCGGAUUCAAGUAAUAGUUAUUUUGCAAGAGGUAGGCAAGCGCGUGUUAAUUUUAUAACACAACCUAAAAAAGAGAAUGAACCAACUAAAGAAAUACCAGAACCAAUAAUUACGAAAGUACCACCACCUAAACCACAUUAUGACACAAAAUUUGGUGCUGGAACACCGACAUACAAUUACGAUUUAUAUCCUUCACGUUCUUACGAUCCAUAUUUAAGACGUUAUGAUCGCUUUGAUGAACAAUAUUCACGAAAUCCAUAUAAUGAUCCAUAUAACUAUGAGGAUCACUAUCUCUACCGGCGUCACUAUGAUCCAUAUGAUAGUUAUAGCCCACGUAUGCCACAAUAUCCAGAGCCUUACUACAAUUAUCCCGAUCAUCGCUAUGAUAUACCAGAACCUAGGGAUUAUAUGCCAAUAUACAAUAAUGAUAUAUAUGAUAAAGCUCCUUAUCCGGCUGCUAAUUACCAAACGGGCUUUCCAUAUUCUAGCAGCAAGUACCCCGACUAUGCGAGAAACCAACGUCGUAUUAUUUACUAUGCGCAUCUACCAGAAAUCGUGCGUACUCCUUAUGAUUAUGUGAAUCGAUAUAACCGUGAUCGUUAUGAAGGUUUACUUAGUUCUAAUAAACCUGUUACUGGUGCCUACAAAAUAGAUAAGCCUGGCAAUUCAGCUGGUAGUGGUACGCAAGCCCUUAAUGUCAAUGCUGAUCCUUAUGAUUAUAUGAAACGUGACAAGAAGGAACGGGUCACAGCAAAACCAAUUAAAACAAAUACUAAUGGAAGACAAUAAAUGUAAGG